AUGUCAUCCCCAGGCCAUAGCUCUGGUCCCUCUGGUGCCUCGGGAGCCUCUGUGGAUCGAACAGCAUCCUCCUCCGUGGUCCCGGUCUCGGAGCCACCAUUGACAGACCAGCCUCUGCCAGAAGACCCCGGACCCAGCUCAUCUUCACACCCUGAACCUUCCGCGGAGAUAGAUGCAGACCAGUCCAUCGAAGUUGAUAGGUCGGCAGACUUGGACUCCGCCUACGGUGAUUCCCUACAUAGUGAUUUGACGUCCUUGGCGUCCAGCAUCACCCGAGGAGUCUGGGAAUAUGGUCGACGAUACCAUUCGUAUGGCCGAUCCCAAUAUGCUUUCCCAAAUGACGACGCCGAGGCGGAGAGAUUGGACAUGCAACAUGCCAUGCAGACCCAUCUGCUGGGCGACCGACUGUUCUGGGCCCCGAUCGAUCCCAACCCGGCCAGAGUGCUGGAUCUCGGAACAGGCACGGGCAUCUGGGCGAUUGAGUUUGCCGACAUGUUCCCCUCCGCCGUCGUCACCGGCACCGAUCUGAGUGCCAUCCAACCUGACUGGGUCCCUCCGAACUGCAGCUUUGAGAUCGACGACGCAGAGGCCGAGUGGACGUGGAACGAAGCCAGCUUUGACUAUAUCCACAACCGCAAUUUUGUCUGCGCAAUUCGAGACUGGCCGAAGCUAAUUCGCCAAUGCUACCAAUUCGUCAAGCCUGGUGGCUGGGUUGAAUGGCACGAAAAACACCCCUUCCUCCUUAGCGACGAUGGGUCUCUACCAAAAAAUUCAGCUCUGUAUCAAUGGGGUGCCAAAUUCUUCGAAGCCAGUAUCGAAUUCGGCACGGACGCUCGCUCGCCUCAGCACCUGAAACGGCUCAUGGAAGAAGCAGGCUUCGUCGAUGUGCAAGAGCACAUUCUCAAACUUCCUGUCGGGCCGUGGGCCAAAGAUCAGCGACUCAAGGAGGUGGGCCUGUUCGAGACGGUCAACAUGACGGAGGGCAUCCAGGGAUUGACCAUCAAGCUCUUCACCCGGUGUCUGCACUGGACAGCCGCCGAGGUCGAAGCCUUUCUGUUGCAAGUGCGCAAGGACGUCAAGAACCGUGCUAUCCACAGCUACUAUCAUUUGUGA